AACUAGAAUUAAUGAAAACAAACUCAAUGAUGUGGAUGAAACUGAACCAAUUCCAAAUCACCACCGACACCACCACCACCACCACCUCCUCCGCCGCCGCCGCCGCCGCGGCAGCCAUGGCGGCCGCCGGCCACCACCUUCACGUCAACCACCUUCUCCCAAAGACACAAUCCAAGCAUCCACUCAAACCCAUCUCCUCAUCCUUCGUCUUCAUCCCUCGCGGUAAACGCACUAGCCGGAGGAUCCGAUGCUCCGCGAUGGAGCCCCUCUCUCUUUCACCCUGCGCUUCUCCUUCUUCGUCUUCUCCAAUGGCGGAGCUUGUUGCGGCUUUCAAUGAGCUCAGUGGCCGGAUGGGCGGCGCUCUUUCCACCACAUCAUCGUCAAACCUUCUCUUCAAGGCAUUGAAGCUCUCCAUUCCUCCAUUGCAAUCCCUUCCCAUUGCCCCUGAUGGUCGCGCCCCUUCUCGUGCUCUCUCCGUUGCUUGCCUCCUCGCUGACCUCCAGAUGGAUGCUGAAGUUAUAUCUGCAGGCAUACUCAGAGAAGCACUGAUUUCAGGGGCUAUAACAAUGGAUGCUGUGAAAGGCCAGAUUGGAAUUGGCACAGCUCAUUUGUUGCAUGAGAACUUAAGGAUGAGGCACAUUCCUUCUGAUGUUGGAAUUGUAGAUGAUGAGAGUGCCAGUGCAUUGAGGAGGUAUUGCCUGACAUAUUAUGAUAUUCGAGCACUGAUUUUGGAACUUGCUCUUAAACUUGAUUUGAUGAGGCAUCUUGAUUACCUCCCACGGUACCAUCAGCAGAUGAAAUCUCUUGAAGUCAUGAGGAUAUAUGCGCCGCUUGCCCAUGCUGUUGGUGCCAGUGCUUUGUCACUUGAGCUCGAGGAUCUUUCCUUUCGGUAUUUGUUUCCAUUAUCAUACCUCUAUGUGGAUACAUGGUUGAGAAGCCGUGCGGUUGAUAGUAAGCCAUUGAUAGAUGUUUACAAGGAGCAGUUGGUUCGAGCAUUGGAAACUGACACUGAAUUGGCAGACAUGGUGGAGGAUAUCCAAGUCCAAGGUAGAUACAAAAGCCGUUUCAGCACCAUGAAGAAACUUCUCAAGGACGGCCGCAAACCAGAAGAAGUGAAUGAUAUUCUGGGUUUGAGAGUUAUCCUGAAACAGAUAUCUGGGGAGAACACGACAGAGAUAGGAAACAGGGCGUGUUAUAGAACAUAUGAAGUGAUUCGAACAAUGUGGAAAGAAGUGCCUAGAAGGACAAAGGACUACAUAGGCAGACCGAAAGCUAAUGGUUAUAAGAGCUUACAUGUUGCUGUUGAUGUCAGUGAACACAAAGGAGGGAUUCCUCUAAUGGAAAUUCAGAUACGAACAACAGAGAUGGACAAGUUGGCUGAUGGUGGAGCGGCAUCACAUUCAUUGUACAAGGGUGGUCUUACUGAUCCAGGAGAGGCGAAGCGGCUGAAGGCCAUCAUGUUGGCUGCAGCUGAGCUUGCAGCGCUGCGCCUCAGGGAUUUGCCAUCUUCAAAUGAAAGAGGUCUUGAUAUUGAUCAAACAAAUCGAGUGUUUCGCCUUCUUGAUAAAAACGGUGAUGGUAGAAUUAGUAUCGAGGAACUCACUGAGGUGAUGGAAGAGCUCGGAGCAGGAGGUAAAGAUGCACAGGAACUCAUGCUGCGUCUUGAUGCAAACAGUGAUGGUUCUUUGAGCUCUGAUGAGUUUGACAUGUUUCAGAGACAGGUGGAGUUCAUGAGAAAUAUGGAAUACAAAGAUGAUUACUACAAAACCAUGCUUGGAGACAAACUUAAGAUGGCUGACGACACAGGCUUAAUCCAGGUUUAUCGCAAAGAAUUAGGAGACAAAUUGGUUGUAAACUAAGAUCAAUCAUCACUCUUGAUUUCUUUCAGUUCAUUCUUGAAAUUCUUGGAGCAAUGUAAAUCAAAUACUCUGUAAAUUUUGAUAUGUAUAGAUGUGUGAAUUUCUUAAUGCAGCUUCAA